AUUCUUUCCAAAAGUUGGUUGAUUGUUAAAUUUUCUUCUCAUAUUGACAGGAUAACAGACAUAAAAAUACAUGCUGCUAUUAAGUUGCAAUAACAAUUCAUGACAAGUAGGCAAAGAUAUUUUUAACACCAGUUAGACUGUGGUUUUCAUUCAUAAUGCACAAAGAAUGAGAACGGAAUAAUAAAACUUCCAAUUUAACUUUGAAAAUUGUAUUAGCAAAAUGCUAGUUGCAAAAAUAAGUGAAGAAUUGUGCGUAUAAAUUAUUUGUGUGUCGGAAAAAAUAAGAAAUAAGCAUCAAGAACAAUUUCUUAAGAUGACAAAGAAAAUAUAUUCAUUUUUAGAUUGUUUUAAAUGUGUCUAUGUGAUCUUUUUUUGUUUGGUAUUGAUUGAAAGUGUGAACGCGAACCCAGAUGCCAAGAGGUUAUAUGAUGAUUUGUUAAGCAAUUACAAUCGGCUCAUUCGGCCUGUAAGCAAUAACACAGAUACAGUACUCGUAAAACUGGGUCUGCGAUUAUCUCAACUAAUUGAUCUGAAUCUUAAGGACCAAAUUCUUACUACAAACGUGUGGUUGGAACAUGAAUGGCAAGAUCAUAAAUUUAAAUGGGAUCCAACCGAAUAUGGAGGGGUUACAGAACUGUACGUACCAUCUGAACACAUUUGGUUGCCGGACAUUGUUUUAUAUAAUAAUGCCGAUGGUGAAUAUGUUGUAACCACAAUGACAAAAGCUAUUCUCCACUACACUGGCAGAGUCGUAUGGACACCACCUGCAAUUUUUAAGUCUUCUUGCGAAAUCGAUGUACGGUAUUUUCCAUUUGAUCAGCAAACAUGUUUCAUGAAAUUCGGAUCAUGGACAUAUGAUGGAGAUCAGAUUGACCUCAAGCAUAUUAAUCAAAAAAACGAUAAAGACAAUAAAGUCGAAGUUGGUAUUGACUUGCGAGAGUACUACCCCAGUGUAGAAUGGGAUAUUUUAGGUGUUCCAGCAGAGCGACAUGAAAAAUAUUAUCCUUGCUGUGCAGAGCCUUACCCAGAUAUCUUUUUCAACAUUACUCUUCGUCGUAAAACACUAUUUUAUACUGUUAAUUUAAUAAUACCUUGUGUAGGUAUUUCUUAUUUAUCAGUGCUUGUUUUCUAUUUGCCAGCUGAUUCUGGAGAAAAAAUUGCUCUCUGCAUAAGUAUUCUUCUUUCACAAACGAUGUUCUUUUUGCUUAUAUCAGAAAUCAUACCGUCAACAUCACUUGCGCUUCCAUUGCUUGGAAAGUAUCUUUUAUUUACAAUGUUAUUAGUUGGCCUUAGUGUUGUUAUAACAAUUAUAAUAUUAAACAUUCACUAUCGCAAACCAAGCACUCAUAAAAUGGCACCAUGGGUGCGGGCUUUCUUUAUAAAACGUCUUCCCAAACUUCUCUUAAUGCGAGUGCCCAAGGACUUGCUAAGAGAUUUAGCAGCGAGUAAAAUAAAUUAUGGUAAACAAUUAAGCAAAACUAAAUUUGGCCAAGCACUGAUUGAUGAGAUGCAGUUAAAUUCCGGAGGAUCGAGUCCUGGUUCUAUUCGAAGAAUGCAACUUCGUGGAGGUAUUGGAGGAUGUAAUGGUCUCCAUUCAACAACAGCCACUAAUAGAUUUAGCGGACUUGUGGGGGCACUUGGGGGUGGAUUGAGCACUUUGAGUGGAUAUAAUGGCCUACCGUCUGUUUUAUCCGGAUUAGACGACUCUCUCAGCGAUGUAGCACAACGCAAGAAAUAUCCUUUUGAAUUAGAAAAGGCAAUUCAUAACGUAAUGUUCAUACAACAUCAUAUGCAACGCCAGGAUGAAUUUAAUGCAGAAGAUCAAGAUUGGGGUUUCGUAGCUAUGGUUCUUGAUCGAUUAUUUCUUUGGCUGUUCAGCAUUGCAUCGAUUGUUGGAACAUUUGCUAUAUUAUGUGAAGCACCAUCCUUAUACGAUGAUACAAAACCAAUUGAUGUUGAAUUAUCAGUGAUUGCACAGCAACUCUACAAUUUGACGGAGAAAAAGUCAUAGAAAGAUAUCCAAUUUUUAAUUACAUGAAAAAUGUAUUUAUAUCGAACGUGCCAACCCCAAUCCAGUAACAUUUAAAUUUUUAGCUUAGCAUGAAAGGGCAAUUGAAUAAAAUAAAAUGUUUAUGGGUAUUUUCUCUUAUUAUCCCUAAUUGUUUAAAUAAUUAUUUAUUUAAAAAAAUGAUUUUAGAUACAAAUGUAUUUAAAACUAGUAAAAUUAUGUUAAUAAAAUUUUUAUAUAAAGCUGCAAUUGGUAGCUACCAACC